UAGUAAUCAUUAACAUUAUAAUAAUACAACAGAGGUUUUACACUACAACAAUGGACUAAAAUGAGCUACUCUUUUGAGUGGGUGAACCUCCACCAGCCCUGAGCUCCCAGCAGGACAAAGUCCCCAACUUCCUGCCCAAUGGGAUUUUCUAAAGGUCUGAUAGAUGAAGCCCCACCAGACCUCCUAUCAGAAAUGGAGACUGUCAGGUUGUGGAAUCUCUGAGGAAGGCUGUGUUUCUCUGGUCUCAGCGCUGAAGUCAAACCCCUCACACCUGAAAGAACUGGAUCUGAGUACCAAUUACCUGAAGGAUACAGGAGUGGAGAAGCUCUCUGUUCUGCUGAAGGACCCACAAUGUAGACUGGAGACUCUGAGAGGUGUUACACUACAACAAGGGACUAAAAACAGCUGUUGUUGUCAAUGGGUGAACCUCCACCAGCCCUGAGCUCCCUGCAGGACAAAGUCCCCAA